CAAAUGUGCGAAUAAGCAAAGGCCACGGGUGUAACCACCGCCGCGUACCUUCCAUCAAGUUCAGGCACUCUCUCUCUCUCUCUCUCUCUCUCUCUCUCUCUCUCUCUCAUAUGCACACAGCCAUGUCUAGAGCCUUCCUGCCCACCGUCCUCAUCGGCCUGAUCGCCGUGCUCAGCACCAGCACGGCGUCGGCGGACACGCCGGACUGCCCGUACCCAUGCCUGCCGCCGCCAACCUCCGGAGGAGCCAUUAACAGCUACCCGCCACCGCAACCGUCAACAGGAGCCGGCGGCGGCUUCGGCGGCAGCUACCCGCCGCCUCCGCCGGGGAGCUACCAGCUGACACCUCCGGGGGUGAUGCCCGGUUUCUCCCCACCGUACGGUGGGUUCCCGUCUGGGCCGACCCCGCCGCCGCCGAACCCGGUCCUGCCGUGGUUCCCGUGGUACUACCAGCACACCAACCCGAUCACGGCGACGACUUCGUCGGCGUCCUCCCCGGCCAUGGAUGGGAGGUCGAGGAUCACGGUCGGGGUUCUGCUCCCUCUGUCCUUGCUCGUUCUUCUGCUUCCUCUGUUGUAGAGAGUGUGUCGGUAGGCCAGUCGAUUGCCAUAAUAGUUAAGGUUGUUUAUUUUGUUAUUUUAUAAUUUGUUCAAAUGCUUGUGUUAUAUAUAGAGAACAACUUAUUUUGUGAAGUAUAUUUGUUUGAUUUUAGUCUAAUUUAAACAUUCAUAUUGUUGGCC